AUGUCAGAAGAUACUACAAUAAAUUCCCAAACUGAGGGAUAUGAAAACGUUGUCGAAACAACAACCCACAACGAUGUUUACCUGAGUAUACCAAAUUUCGAACAAAUAUCACUACUACGAGAGUCACUAUUUAUAUUUUUCAUGUGCAUGUCACAGUUGUUGACCCAAGCAGCAAAUGCCCAAACAAUGGUCAAUUCAGUCGUACUUGGAAAAGCAUUCAACAUAGCCGACAACGCUGGUCAAGUAUCUUGGUUUUCAGCAGCAAUAUCGUUGACUGUGGGCACAUUCAUCCUAGUCAGUGGAAGAUUAGGUGACUUGUACGGCUACAAAAGACUUUACAUUAUCGGAUACUUGUGGUUUGGUGUGUUUUCCCUCUUGUGUGGAUUCACUGGAUUCACCACCUCAAAUGUAUUUCUUUCAACAAUGAGGGGAUUACAAGGUAUAGGCCCCGCUAUAAUGAUGCCAAACUCUCAAGCGUUGAUUGGCAAUUUUUACCCAAACGGACGCAGGAAAAAUAUGUGUUUCGCCCUAUUUGGCGCAGUUGCUCCAUCGGGAUUCAUUGUGGGAGCUUUGUUUAGUGGAAUGUUUACUGAUGUCGUUUGGUGGCCUUGGACAUUUUGGCUCUGUGGAAUCGUUAGUAUAGCAUUGUUGAUUAAUUUCGCAUUCAAUCAAGGACCAACUGUAGGAUGGGACAAGGUUUACGUUUAUGUCUUGUUCAUUGUUGGAAUUUUGCUUAUGGUGGCAUUCUUUUUUGUUGAAAAGAAGGUGGCUGACCCUUUAGUACCACCGGAAGUGUUGCGUGGAGACACGGGGUUCAUUUUGGCUUGCAUCAGUGCUGGUUGGUCGUGUUUUGGCGUUUGGUUAUACUAUCAAUUCAGAUGGGCAUUAUUGGUUGACCAAGAUAGUGAAGUCAUUGGCGCAGUACAGAACAUUCCCUGUGCUCCAGUCGGAGUCAUUGCUGCGGUCGGCGUAGCGAUACUACUUACAAAGAUUCCUUCAGCAGUGGUGAUGUUUCUUUCGAUGCUUGCAUUCCUAACGGGAUCAAUUCUCAUGGGAACCAGACCUGUUGGACAAACAUUCUGGGCACAGAAAUUUGUCAGUUUGUUGAUACAACCAUUGGGCAUGGAUAUGUCAUUUCCUGCUGGUGUUAUUUUGUUAAGUGCUGCACUUCCCAGAACUCAACAGGGUAUAGCUGGCUCAUUAGUAUCAACAUUUGUCAACUACUCAAUCUCAAUUGGGUUGGGUUUUGCAGGGUUGGUUGAAUAUUACACAACAAAGGAUAAACCUCAGAGUUUUCAAACUACAGUUCUCGGAUUCAGAAAUGCUUUUAGAAUGGGAAUGGGCCUUGCAGGUUUUGGAGUUGUUGUUGCUGCGAUCUAUAUGCUUAAACAAUUUCGCCUGAGGAGGAAGGAUAAGCAAGCUAAAGAGUUUUUGGAUCUGGAAGAGAAGACCGAAAAAAAAGAGCAUGGAAAGAACAGCACCGAGGGUGCUACACCGGUGUAG